AGUUUAUGGACAAAACAACUACAAAAUGGACGAGAUAAUUCGGCAGCAGACCAAACGUGAUAACGAGAUCAAGCCACACAUAAAAAGACCGUUAAACGCGUUCAUGGUGUGGGCAAAAGACGAGCGAAGGAGAAUUUUGGACGCCUAUCCGGACAUGCACAACUCCAACAUAUCAAAAGUCCUAGGCGCCAGAUGGAAGGAUAUGUCGAACUUAGAGAAACAACCUUACUACGAGGAACAAUCCAGGUUAUCAAAGUUGCACAUGGAGCAACACCCUGACUAUAGAUACAGGCCGAGGCCUAAGAGGACUUGUAUUGUGGAUGGAAAGAAGAUGAGAAUAUAAUUAAUAAGUUAAAAGCUUAAAUACAGGCCUAAAUAAUGUCAGCUUCAUACAAUUACAAUUAUUUAAAUAGAUAAUUAUUAAGAUUUAAACUUAAGGUGCAACUUUUAAAAAAUGCUAAAAGCCUACUUUUUUUAUAAGUUUAUUUGUGUAAACGAUAGGAAUAUACAAUUUUAACUUUUAACCUAAACACCUGAAAACCC